CACAAUAAUACAUUCAUGGACUUUUAAAGAGGGUGAACAAGCAACUGAGAGCAAUGCGCUAUUUUAUUUUGAUUAAGUGUUUGUUAAUUUAAGGCUUGUGCUCCGGAACCUUUGUUCGGUGGUUUGUGGCUUCACUACGACAUAUGUCGUUGAUGGACUAUACACAAACCAACGUGUGUGACCCGACAACUGUCUCAGGAUAAAUGUAAUUAUUAGUCGACGACAUUGCUUAAUUACCCUUCUAUAUUGAAUAUUGGUGUUUGUGUAACUUACGAAAUAGUAAGAUAUUAACGCAUGAAACAGACAGGUUUCCUCGGAGCAACGUUAGCUAACGUGCUGCUCACUGUGGGUGCACGAGACUAGCACAACACAUGACAUCCAAGUGAGCACCCUCAUGCUGAUCGGAAAGGCCUGGAGAUUCGGUGGACGCGUCAGGUCUUGUGUCGUCAAACCUCUGGCCUGUCUCUUUACCGCUUCCGGCAACAUGGCCAAGAGCAAGUUUGAUUACGUCCGCAACUUUGAAACGGAUGACACUUGUCUCCGAAACUGCUACAUUGUUGUGAGACUGGAUGGGCGCAACUUCCACAAGUUCGCAGAGCAGCACACGUUUAUAAAGCCCAAUGACAACAGGGCUUUGGGCCUGAUGACCCGGAGUGCACGCUCCGUCAUGGAAGAAUUAGAGGAUAUCGUUAUUGCUUAUGGUCAAAGUGAUGAGUUCAGCUUUGUUUUCAAGAGGACCUCUACUUGGUUUAAGAGGAGAGCCAGUAAGCUCAUGACUCAUGUGGCCUCCCAGUUCUCCUCCUCAUAUGUGUUUUACUGGAAGGAGUUUUUUGGGGAGCAGCCCCUCUUGUACCCCCCAGGCUUUGAUGGGCGUGUGGUCCUGUAUCCCAGCAACCGCAACCUCAGAGACUACCUCAGCUGGAGGCAAGCAGAUUGUCACAUAAAUAAUAUGUACAACACAGUGUUUUGGACUUUAGUUCAAAAUGGAGGACUCACCACAACCCAGGCAGAGGAUCGCUUAAAAGGAACAUUGGCUGCAGACAAAAACGAGAUCCUGUUCUCUGAGUUUAAUAUCAACUACAACACUGAGUCUGCCAUCCACAGGAAAGGCACCACUCUCAUCUGGGAAAAGCGGGAUGAAACUGCCACCAAGCGCACAAAGCUACCAAACGGGGAAGAGACGGACGUGGCCGUGACUCGCAGCCGGAGGAGGGUGCACGCCCACCACUGCGACAUCAUAGGGGAGCCAUUCUGGGCGGAGCAUCCAGACAUCCUGGAGGAAGACAACUGCUGACGGCUCCUGAGCUGCUGCAGAGGAAAACGUACUGAACUGAGUGGAGCCAUACAAGCAGUGGACAUAUGAUAGAGCAGCUCGAUGUUGACUGAUGGAGAUGAACAACGGUGUCAAACAGCAUGCUACCCGUGAAGCUUAGUGCUCCAUGAAUCAGUCGUAGGAGUGUUUUCUGAGACUGAAGCCUUUGAUUGACAGCCGGAACAUAUGCCUACAUUUACAUAUUAAACUUCAAUCAUAAUGUUCCCUUAACGUAGGAUGUCUUUUGCUUAAAUUGAUGAUGAUGCCUGUCGAGCUCAAAGGGAAGCGAGAUGAUUUCAUAAUCUUUUAGCAGCGGGUGUUGAGGACGUACACAGCCGGCUGAUUCUGCCCCGGACAUCUUCCCACUCCUAGUCGAGUGAAUGCUCUACUCGGGUUGCUUUUUUCAAAAAUAUAUCCUCAUUUGAUACCAUGAAUAACAUUUAAAUACUACCAUCA